AUGGCCCGACUGGUGUUGUAUGGUACUGAGGGCGAUACGUUGAUGGGCCUGACUUGGACAUGGACGUGGAUUGCGAUAAUGUUGUUUGUAUUGCGAACUGCCUUCGCAUCUAAAGCACCGAGAGACACUCUCUCAUUCUAUGGCAUACGAUGGGACUACAUCUGGGUCACGAUUGCGUUUGUACGAUUAUCCUCUCCACGCGACAAGCGAUUAUUAUUGACGAGAUGCUGCAGGUGACGGCACUGAUAUCCCAGAUAUUCAUUACUGUGAGCUAUCACAACGCGACGAAACGGCCCGGGCAGAUGAUGGAACAUAUUGAGUAUAUUCUGUACUGGGGCAUGUAAGUUUUACACCGUCCACUAUAUCUAAUCCGAUAUCGAAAAUGCUAACAGCGACACUAGCAUCAGCAAUACUUUCGCAAUGCUCUCUAUGGCAUUUGGCCGAUUUGCGGUUGUAGCGCUUCUAUUAUCACUCCACGGAACAACAUUCCCCAGAGGUAGGACCAUGCUGCAAGUCCUCGGAGUGCUGCAGUUCCUUACGAGCAUGCUACAAUUGAUCAUCACACUGUUCCAGUGCGACCCGCCGAAAAAGCUCUGGGCCAUCGCUACUCCAGGAACUUGUCCUCUCGCCCAUCUCGUCAUCUACAUCGGCUACCUCUCUGGGGGCUGGGGAUCCUUGACCGACUUCGCCCUUGCAAUCUAUCCUGCCGUUCUAAUCGUAGGGCCACUACAGCAGAUGAAAAUGGGCCUCAAAGUCGCCAUCUGCUUCAUCAUGAGCGGAGGCAUCGUCGCAGGCGUUGCCGGCGUUAUCAUGACAGCCAAACUUGAACACGUCGACUUCACUGGAGGUUACGGAACUCUGAUUACGUGGACUCUGACCCAGACCUGGUUUAUCAUCAUCUUUGGAUCUCUGCCGACCAUCAGACCCUUCUUCAUGACCUGCGGACGGACUGUCAAAUCUUGGAGCUCCAGACUGAGGAGCAAGAGGACUCAGCAAACGAGUCAUUAUAGCUGGAUCGGACUCCAGGGCCAGGACCGGCGGAUUGACAGUUUGAAGCCACCGAGCGAGGCACGACUGGUACCCAAGCAGUCUGAGAUCUAUACCAUUCCUGAUGAACAUGAUUACGUUCGAUACUCAUACACUCGCAAUGAGCCUCUUGCCCGCGGGACUUGA